AUGGCCGCUGAGCAACAGCACAUCGACGACCUUUUGCAGCGCUAUCUCGGCCUCUUAGACGACUAUGUGCGCCUCCGAGGGCUGCUGUCGGGCCUCCAAGCCGAUGUUUAUCAGAACAUUGCACGAGCCAACUUUUCCGCCGAGCGCGGCAUGAGAUUCGGCCAGGACAGCUACGACGAGAGGAUGCGCGCGACGCGGCUGCUCAGCAUCCACCAGGACAAGGCCAAUGUGCCCGUCUUCACCGUCAGCCGAGCCGCCGCCCAUGCUCCUGCGCCGUCCUCUGCUGCUGCCGAAGCCCCUAUCGCGGACGGCGAGAAGCAGCCCGAGGAGGACGAGGAUGAACGGCCUGGCGAGGAGCACAAAGGAGUCGGAAGGACAGCAGAUCGUGAGCAGGCGCCCACGCCAGCCAAGGACCCGUUGCGCUGGUUCGGCCUCUUGGCCCCGGCAGCACUGCGCAAGGCGCAGGGCCUAUCCAUCGAGAUGGUGGAGCAGGGCAUCCCGCAACUUGCGUCGGUCCACGCCGAGAUGCUGAGCGUUGAGAUCGAGGUGCGGCGGGCGCGGAAGCGGCGGGCCAAAGGGCUGGCUUCCGAGACAAAGCGGGAAGUCGAGGGUGCGCAGGCACGAGUUUCCGAGGCACAAACCCGUCGGGAGACUGUCGAGACGGGCUGA